CCAACGAGUGUCCAAGCGGCUCUUUAAAGCCCUACCUUCCCACGCACACAGGCACAGCGCAGAUUCCGACCUUCUCCACACUCCCUCAGUCCCAGUCUCUACCAGCACACAAGCUAGAACGGAUUAGGCAGUGUCUGUAGCCGGCCGGCCGGCCACGCAGCUGGAUCGCGGUGGAGGGGGAACGAGAUGAGCUCGUCGGCGAACGGCGCCGGCCAGGGCCCCUACCAGAGCUACCAGAGCGAGGCUGAGGGCAGCGAUCACGAGAAGGAUCACAAGAAGAAGAAGGACCAGCAGAAGGAGAAGGUGGAGAAGGUGCCGUUCCUGAAGCUCUUCUCGUUCGCGGACCGGUGGGACUACGUGCUGAUGGCGGUGGGCUCCGUGGGCGCGUGUGCGCACGGCGCCUCCGUGCCCGUCUUCUUCAUCUUCUUCGGCAAGCUCAUCAACAUCAUCGGCCUCGCCACCCUCUUCCCCGCCACCGUCUCCGGCCGCGUCGCAAAGUACUCGCUCGACUUCGUCUACCUCGGCGUCGUCAUACUCUUCUCCUCAUGGACCGAGGUGGCGUGCUGGAUGCACACCGGGGAGCGGCAGGCGGCCAAGAUGCGCCUGGCGUACCUGCGCUCCAUGCUGGACCAGGACAUCGCCGUCUUCGACACCGAGGCCUCCACCGGCGAGGUCAUCAACGCCAUCACCAGCGACGUACUCGUCGUCCAGGACGCCAUCUCAGAGAAGGUGGGCAACUUCAUGCACUACAUCAGCCGGUUCCUGGCCGGGUUCGCCAUCGGCUUCUCGCGCGUGUGGCAGAUCAGCCUGGUCACCCUCGCCAUCGUGCCGCUCAUCGCCAUCGCCGGUGGCACCUACGCCUACGUCACCAUCGGCCUCAUGGCACGCGUCCGCAAGUCCUACGUCAAGGCCGGCGAGAUAGCUGAGGAGGUGAUCGGCAAUGUCCGGACGGUGCAGGCGUUCGUCGGCGAGGAGAAGGCGGUGAGGACGUACCGGGAGGCGCUGCUGACGACGUACAAGUACGGCAAGCGGGGCGGCCUCGCCAAGGGCCUCGGCCUCGGCUCCAUGCACAUGACGCUCUUCCUCUCCUGGGCGCUGCUCGUCUGGUUCACCGGCAUCGUCGUCCACAAGGGCAUCUCCAACGGCGGCGAGUCCUUCACCACCAUGCUCAACGUCGUCAUCGCCGGCCUGUCGCUUGGGCAGGCGGCGCCCAACAUAUCAACGUUCCUGCGGGCAAGGACGGCGGCGUACCCGAUCUUCCAGAUGAUCGAGAGGAGCACGAUGAAUACGAGGAGCUCCAAGGCCGGCCGCACGCUGCCGGCGGUGCAGGGCAACAUCGCCUUCCGGGACGUCCGUUUCGCGUAUCCGUCCCGCCCGGACGUCGUCAUCCUCAACAGGUUCAGCCUCGACUUUCCGGCGGGCAAGAUCGUGGCCCUCGUCGGCGGUAGCGGGUCCGGCAAGAGCACCGUGGUGUCCCUCAUCGAGCGCUUCUACGAGCCACUCUCCGGCACGAUCCUCCUCGACGGGCACGACAUCAGCGGCCUGGAUUGCAAGUGGCUCCGCGGCCAGAUCGGGCUCGUCAACCAGGAGCCGGCGCUGUUCGCGACGAGCAUCCGGGAGAACAUACUCUACGGCAAGGGCGACGCCACGGCGGACGACAUCAACCACGCGGCGAAGCUGUCGGAGGCGAUCACCUUCAUCAACAACCUCCCCGAGCGGUACGAGACGCAGGUCGGCGAGCGCGGGAUACAGCUCUCGGGAGGGCAGAAGCAGCGGAUCGCCAUCUCCAGGGCGAUACUGAAGAACCCGUCGAUACUGCUCCUGGACGAGGCCACCAGCGCGCUGGACGCCGAGUCCGAGAAGAGCGUGCAGGAGGCGCUGGACCGCGUCAUGGUCGGCCGGACCACCGUGGUGAUCGCGCACCGGCUGUCCACAAUCAGGAACGCCGAUACUAUCGCCGUCGUCGACAGCGGCAGGAUUGUCGAGACCGGCACGCACGAGCAGCUCAUGGCCAACCCUCUCAGCGCCUACGCUUCGCUGAUUCAGCUGCAGGAGGCUGCUCAGCUUCAGCACAAGCCGUCUUUCUCGGACAGCACGAGCAUGACAAGGCCACUAAGUUUCAAGUAUUCAAGAGAGUUGUCAGGAAGGACGAGCAUGGGUGCCAGCUUCCGCUCCGACAAGGACUCGAUCAACCGGUACGGCGCCACAGAGGCAUACGACGAAGGGCACAAGGUGAAGCCCGUCUCCAUGAAAAAGAUGUACUCCAUGGUGCAGCCUGACUGGAUGUUGGGGCUGUCAGGCACCCUCAGCGCCUUCGUGGCGGGCGCCCAGAUGCCACUCUUCGCCCUCGGCGUCACUCAGGCGCUCGUGUCCUACUACAUGGGGUGGGAGACCACCAAGAAGGAGGUGCGCAAGAUCGCCGUGCUCUUCUGCUGCGGCGCGGUGCUCACCAUUGUGUUCCACGCCAUCGAGCACCUCAGCUUUGGCAUCAUGGGCGAGCGGCUCACGCUGCGUGUCCGGGAGAAGAUGUUCGCGGCGAUCCUGCGGAACGAGAUCGGGUGGUUUGACAGCACCAGCAACACCAGCGCCAUGCUUGCAUCGCGGCUCGAGACCGACGCCACGCUAGUGCGCACCAUCGUCGUCGACCGCUCCACCAUCCUGCUGCAGAACGUCGGCAUGAUCGUCACGUCGCUCAUCAUCGCCUUCAUACUCAACUGGAGGAUCACGCUGGUGGUGCUUGCCACAUAUCCCCUCAUGGUCAGCGGCCACAUCAGUGAGAAAAUGUUCAUGAAAGGAUAUGGAGGCAACCUCGGCAAGUCCUAUCUGAAAGCCAACAUGCUCGCCGCUGAGGCGGUGAGCAACAUGCGGACGGUGGCCGCCUUUUGCGCAGAAGAUAAGGUGAUUAAGCUCUACGAGGAUGAGCUCAGGGAGCCAGGGAAGCGGUCCUUCCGCCGAGGACAGGGAGCCGGCGUCUUCUAUGGAGUCUCUCAGUUCUUCCUCUUCUCUUCAUACGCGCUGGCAUUAUGGUACGGUUCGCAGCUGAUGAGCAAGGAGUUGGCCACCUUCAAGUCUGUCAUGAAGUCCUUCAUGGUGCUCAUAGUGACAGCGCUGGCAAUGGGCGAGACGCUGGCGAUGGCACCGGACAUCAUCAAGGGGAACCAGAUGGCAUCUUCGGUGUUCGAGAUCCUUGACAGAAAGACUGAAGUCCGGAUCGAUACCGGUGAUGACAUCAAGAAAGUCGAAGGCAUGAUCCAACUACGGGAUGUGGAAUUCCGGUACCCUUCGAGGUCCGAGGUGGCCGUGUUCAAAGGCCUCGACCUCCUGAUGAAGGCCGGCAAGAGCAUGGCGCUCGUCGGGAUGAGCGGCUCUGGCAAGAGCACUGUUCUUUCGCUCAUCCUCCGGUUCUACGACCCUCUUGCCGGAAAAGUCUUGAUUGAUGGAAAGGACAUCAAGAAGCUUAGGCUGAAGUCGCUAAGGAAGCACAUCGGCCUAGUCCAGCAAGAGCCAGCGCUGUUCGCGACGACAAUCUACGAGAACAUCCUCUACGGCAAGGACGGAGCAACAGAGGCCGAGGUUAUCGAAGCGGCGAAGCUGGCGAACGCGCACACCUUCAUCAGCUCGCUGCCUGAGGGGUACCAGACAAAGGUCGGUGAGCGCGGAGUGCAGUUGUCAGGCGGGCAGAAGCAGCGCAUCGCCAUUGCGCGCGCGAUCGUCAAGGACCCUGCCAUCCUGCUCCUGGACGAGGCGACUAGCGCACUCGAUGUGGAGUCAGAGCGUGUGGUGCAACAGGCACUGGACAGGGUGAUGAAGAACCGGACCACCGUGAUGGUGGCACACCGGCUGUCGACCAUCAAGAACGCCGACGUCAUCUCAGUGAUCCAGGACGGCAAGAUCAUUGAACAAGGUGAUCACCAGCACCUGAUCGAGAACAAGAACGGUGCCUACCACAAGCUCGUCAACUUGCAGCAGCAACAACAGCUGCAGGGGGGACAGAGCUCAUGAGCUCUCUAGAGAAGAACCAAGUGCUCCUAUAUCUAGCUGUCCCUUGGCUUCAAAUACAUUAAAUGUAAAAGCUUCGUCCAACCUUUUUUCUUCUUAAAACGAGUGUCACAAUUACACAGGGAUAAGUGCUCUCUCAAUUUCUUUGUAGCAGUAGAUAGUGAUACCACAAUUUCAACUAGGAAUAUAUCUAUGUGACUGGGCGAUAAAACUAUUUUUUAAUCAUAGGACUGCAGUCCAUGAUCUGUUAAUUUCUUUCAAA